AUGUUCCUCGACCACUUAGAGUUUGAUGAGUAUAUGAACUGCUCAGGUCUCACAGGGAUUCGAAGACUCGUCACAAAACGAUGUAGUGAUCUAAGCUGUCAACAUCGACCGUCGUAUCCGGCGGCUCUGUACUGGGCAUUGCCAAUCAUAAAAACACAAUUUGCGCGCCGUAUGCCCUCGAUAGACCGGACCUUAGCGCAUCUCUGGGAGAUUUCAAUAAUGGAAAAAGAUCCUGAAGUACUGGGGGAACUUGUCGCUCUAGUAGGAAAGGCCCAUUUCCAGAGGAUUUUAACAUGGUUUUGUCCAGUACACUUUGUGAUUUGCAACAUUUACACUCAAACCCUGGCGCGCCGCGAAUCUCUUCGAGUUCUGAUCGACAACGGCUUAGACCUCCACUAUUUGGCAGACGAAAGAUCAGAGGCAGAUCCAAAUCAUCGUAACAUACGCGACACCACUCCUACGUCCUUGGCAAUGAGAUUCUCGUUGAAUUUCUUCCACUUCCGCGACGUACUUCUCCAAAGCGGCACUCAGCUCUCGACUUUCAUUGAGGAAGAAUUGCAACAGGGACCGCUGGUAAACAUGGGAUGGACACCAUCUACACUCCAAAGAUUGUUUGAGUUAGAAUUCAAACCCGUGGAACUGCUGAGGUUCACUUGCACGGCGUGCAGAUUUCCUAAUCGAAGUUCGACAGAGAAGGCCUGGCAAAUGCUUCUGAAAUGGUUGAUGGAAGGGGGCGAUCCGACGGAUGUAAGCAAACAGUUUGAGGAGGCCGAGGAGGUAUUUACGGAUGGAAUAGAUGGUAUAUGUUGGUAUUGUGCCAGUCAUGGGAUUAGGCCUACGCAGGAGGACUCAUCUACAGACUCACCUUUCUUACUCUCAAUAUAA